AAACAACAUUAUAUAUCACACACACUGCAUGCUAAUGCCACUGAGUCUCAAUGAGCACUAAAACACAUCUUAAAAUUAGCUCAUUCUGCUGUCUCAGUUCAAAUGCCUGACUAGGCAACAGAGGGAACAUAUCAUCAGAAUUUCCCCUUUGGCGAUACCUGCUGAUUGGGUCCUAAAAAAAAGCUGCAGCUUUUAACUUUAAUAUUUGGCUCCUGAGUGCUGCCACGAGUAGUCGCGAAAGAUAGAUUCUCCCUCAGCCUUUAUUUUGGAGGACAGAAAUAAAAAGUAAUUGUUACAAAAACAGUUUUUGUGGCUCUUAAGUUACAAUCUGAGUGCGCAUAUGAGCGCGCAUGUAGGGUUUCUGCUGGAGAAGUUUUGCGAAACUUUAAGGAUGAUAUACCUGGGAUGUUUCCUGUUGCUCUGUGGGCUCACGCAUGUCAUGGCAAGUUAUCCCAUCUGGUGGUCACUAGCAGUGGGCCACCAGUACUCAUCACUGGGAACUCAACCUAUUCUGUGUGGCAGCAUCCCGGGUCUGGUGCCCAAACAGCUGCGAUUCUGCCGGAACUACGUGGAGAUCAUGCCCAGCGUGGCAGAGGGGGUGAAGAUAGGCAUACAGGAGUGCCAGCACCAGUUCAGAGGUCGGCGCUGGAACUGCACCACAGUCAACGACAAUCUGGCCAUUUUUGGACCAGUGUUGGACAAAGCCACUCGAGAGUCAGCAUUUGUCCAUGCUAUUGCCUCUGCGGGAGUGGCAUUUGCAGUGACCCGUGCCUGUGCUGAGGGUUCAGCCACCAUCUGCGGAUGUGACACACGCCAUAAGGGCCCCCCUGGUGAGGGAUGGAAGUGGGGUGGCUGCAGCGAGGAUGUGGAGUUUGGGAGCAUGGUGUCCAGAGAGUUUGCUGAUGCAAGGGAGAAUCGCCCCGAUGCACGUUCAGCGAUGAACCGCCAUAACAAUGAGGCUGGAAGAAUAUCCCUCAAUGACAACAUGUUCCUAAAGUGUAAGUGCCAUGGACUCUCGGGCAGCUGCGAGGUCAAGACCUGCUGGUGGUCUCAGCCAGACUUCAGAGCGAUUGGCGACUACAUGAAGGAUAAGUACGACAGUGCAUCCGAGAUGGUGGUGGAGAAACAUAAAGAGUCCAGAGGAUGGGUGGAGACCCUGAGACCCAAGUACAACUACUUCAAACCCCCCACUGAGCGCGACCUUGUUUAUUAUGAAAGCUCGCCCAAUUUUUGUGAUCCUAAUCCUGAGACUGGUUCCUUUGGCACUCGUGAUCGAAUCUGCAACCUGACGUCCCACGGCAUAGACGGGUGUGACCUCCUGUGUUGCGGGAGAGGUCACAACACCAGGACUGAGAAGAGAAAGGAGAAGUGUCACUGUAUUUUCCACUGGUGCUGCUAUGUCAGCUGUCAGGAGUGUGUGAGAGUCUAUGAUGUACACACAUGCAAAUAAGGACACCUGGUUCCCUUCUUCACCCACCAAAAUGUAAAGACUUCAGUGGGUAGGUGAACGAAUGCAGCAACUUACUACGAGACAUGAGACACUGUGAAGCAGACUGACCUAUCCAUGGACUCCAGUGGCAGACUGAGCACGUGUUUUGUGCUUUGAUGCUAGAAAAGUCAACUGAAACAGUUGAGUAGACUUUAACAUCACGAUGCAUCAUUCAGAUAAACCCUGGUGACCCGAGAAUGAUGUAGAUACAUCUAGUGAUGGUGAAAGAGUUUUCAUGUACUGACUUAGGAAAGGAGAACUGUCGGCUAAUUGACAAACACCAUAUUGGUGAUUUUUUAUUUUUUUCUGUGUUCCCAGUAGUUACUUUUCUUGAGAAUAGUAAAGCACUGCUUGUGUAUCAUUUUUAUGGGGCAAAGAAUGAAAAACUUACAUUUUUUAGGUAUUUUAUCAUCUUUUUUUGCCACAAAAAACUAAUAAGGAAUUUACAUGACACUCAAAAGCAUGCAUUCUCCUCAACAUUAAGUUUGUAUGUUUGUAUCUGAAAACUAACAUUAUCAUUGUGUGUAUGACUUUUUAUAGUGUUAAUAUGUCUGGGUAAGAAUGCACUUGCACCUGAGUGAAUGUAGUUUUUAUGCUGCAACGUGUUUACGAAUUCUCACAGUCUUAAGCUAACGAGUUAAUAUCUGCUUUACAUGACUAACUUUAUUUUAAGAGUAGACAUGAGCCACAUCAAGUGAUCAUCUGCAAAACAAUAACACACAAAGUACGCACGUUUUCAGAAGCACAUGAAUUCCCAUGGAGCAACUACAUUGAGAGUUAUGACCAAAGACAAGACAAGAAAAGUAAACCUGUGGUGGUCAGAGAGCUGCAAACAAAUCUGAAAGGUCAGCACUUGUGUCCCGUUGAGAAAUAUGAAGCAUGUUCUCCUUGUUUUUAUCAGUAUUAACAUGUGACUGGGUGCUGGGAAAGCUGUUAUUUAUAAAAAGGGAUAUUCCCACUUUGUUUUGUUGCAUUUGCAUACAUAUGAUAGUCUUUAUUUUAAAUUUGUGGAACUAGAGAUACAUUCUGAACUCCUGGUGAACUAAAACACAAUUUGCAAACAAUCCGCAAACUAAGCUGUAUCAUAUAAGCUCUGUAUAAUGCAGUAUAAUUUGCAGUUAAGUUAAAUAGAUGAUGUGCAGGUAAUGAUUCUCAGCUGUGGCUUCUUGUGCUAACCAAACUUAACAACCAGCAGCAUCACUGAAACUAUCAAUACUUCUCUUAUUGUCAUGCUGCUAAGUAAAGAUAAUAUUUGUGUGAGUGUGUGUUUAAGUUCUUACAUACAAUAUGUCUUUGUGGAUAUGUUUUUUAUGUAUAUUCUUGCAUGUAUUGAUUCUUUCUGUGAAAGAAAUCUAUUAUAUAUAUAUAUAUAGUCUGGAAAAGAAAAUGUGAAGUUUCAACUAAUUCUUGCAAACAGUUACUCCCAUUUUAACCCGAUAGACCAAAUUAGACUUCAUGUUAUCUUAGCUUUGGUUUUGUAGUGUGCUAAACAUCAGGGCGAAAUUAUCCAUGUUGUUCUCCCUUAGUUUGAGAAAAAUACAACACAGUAUUUAUUUAUUUGGAAAGUGAAAAACUACUGAAAGCUGAGACGAGACGUCCAGACAGGUGACAUGACUUUGAUGAAAAGUGUGUGUGCCAUUUCACUGAUUGACUCAAAUGUUGAGAGAGAUGUUGAAUUAUUGUUUACAGCCAAUGUAAGGAAAUGUCUCAGGCCUGUAGAUCUGUCAGAUUUGAAUCAAAAUUGCCCAUCUUUGAGUCAACAUCUAAAUGAGCAGCCCUAUCCAGCUUCACACAUUGAGACAUCUUCAAUAAAGUACACAGCAACCAUUAUCAGUACAAGAGUUUUUAUCUUGCAUUUAUUACUGUACACUUUAUAUGUGAGUGAUUGUUUGUGUGAACACUUUGCCUUUGGUCUAAUUCUUUGUUAAGUCUUUAAAUCCAAAGUUUUGUACAAAGUAGUUUUUGUGUUUUUAUUGCUUUCUAAAAUUUGAUGUUUUUUAUAAUUAUUUAUUUCAUGCUAUGUAAAUAGUAGUAAGUAAAAGUAUAUAUUUGCAGAAAUGCAUGUUUUUAAACAGUGUUGUGACUUGUAACACUGUAGCCUUUUUACCUCAUCUUUGUUUUUUCACUGACUGCACACAGGCACCGUUUGUCCUACUGCCUGUCGUAGAUUUCUAAAGUUAACUCUGUAACACCAAAAUAAAGCGACAUAAACAACC